UUGAGUUAUUGAGAUUUUUAUAUUGAGCCGUUUAGGUUAAUUGAGCUAUAAAGGUGAAUUCUAUUUUGUAUUUUUCUUUUAUAACAUUAGCAUUUCUUUCGCAGAAUAUCAAGAUAUAAAUAAUGAAGAGAUUUUUCAAACCAACAUCUUUGAAUACCCAAAGUACGAGGGAGAGUAGAGUUAGUGAAAACUGUGAUGCAGAAAAUGAUAUAGUAGUUGUCACUCCUGCUCCUGCAACUUCUCGGAUAGAAUACAAAUGUAUUAAAGAAUUUAGGCAAGAGUUUAUUAUUGCCGAUCCGGGACUUCGUAUUGCAAUAGAUGAAUUUGAUCAUGAUAUUAGAGAUGAAGUUAGAAGAGCUUAUGUGUUGAAGGGUCCGACUCAACCAAUUGGACAUACUUUCCCCAAAAAAAGGUUUAGUAAAGAUUUAAGGACUUUUUGUGCAGCAUGGUUUACUAAAUAUGAUUGGCUAGAAUAUAGUGUGGAGAAGGAUGCAGCUUAUUGUUUCUAUUGCUAUCUUUUUAGAUAUGAUCCCUCAGAGUCUCAUUUUGGGUAUGAUGUAUUCUCAAAAGUAGGAUUUAGAAAUUGGAAGAAUGCAUAUAAAUCAUUACCUGAACAUGUUGGUGGGCCUAAUAGUGCCCACAAUAAAGCUAGAACAGCAUGCGAAGAUUUCAAAAAUCAAAAGGCUAGUGUGUCAUAUAAGGUGAUGACUCAUAGUAAGGAAUCAGAAGCCAAAUAUGAAAUCCGUUUGACUGCAUCUUUAGAUUGUGCAAGCUAUCUCCUAAUGCAAGGUCAUGCAUUUCGUGGACACGAUGAAUCUUCUUCUUCAUCGAACAAGGGCAAUUUUCUAGAGAUGAUUGAUUGGUACAAAAAAAGAAAUGAGGAAGUGAGGAUUGCAUUUGAGGAGUUAUGUCCUAAAAAUGUUCGUAUGCUUGCACCAUCAGUUCAAAAGGAUCUUGCAAAGAGUUGUGCACAGGAGAUAACUAAAGAAAUAAAGAAAGAGAUUGGUGAUGGUUAUUUCUCUAUUCUUAUCGAUGAAUCUCGUGAUAUAUCAAUCAAGGAGCAGAUGGCCGUGAUUGUGAGGUUCGUAAAUAAGGAAGGAAAGGUUAUGGAAAGAUUUUUGGGUCUUACGCAUGUCACAGAGACAACAUCAGAUGCAUUGAAAGGAGCUUUAUUUGAGUUACUUUCUACACACGGUUUGGACAUUGCAAGAGUUCGAGGGCAAGGGUAUGAUGGAGCUUCGAAUAUGAGAGGUAGUUGCACAUCUAUUCAUGAGUUCUUUGAAUAUGUUAAUAUGAUUGUGACCACAACUAGUGUAUCUUGCAAGAGGAAGGAUUUAUUAUCUAGCAAGCACCGUGAGAACUUAUUGGCCAAGUUAGAUAGCGUGAUAGAGGUGCUAGGGCUUAUGCAGGAAGAUGCCCAAAAUCCAACAUCAGCGGGUGGUUUGAUGAGAAUAAUGGAGAGCUUCAACUUUGUGUUCAUUAUGAAGAUGAUGUUGAAAUUUUCUCAUAUUACAAGUGAGUUAUCUCUACUCUUGCAAAGAAAGGAUCAAAAUAUUGUUGAGGCUAUGUCAUUACUGAUUGAUGUGAAAGCACGUUUGCUUAACUUGAGGAAUCAUGGUUGGGAGCUAUUGUUUGCGGAAGUCAAAACAUUUUGUAAACAAAAUGAGAUACAAAUUCCAAAUAUGGAUGAAAUAGUACCAAGAUGGGGCCAAUCAAGGCGAAGUAAGAUCGGUGUCACUCAAGACCAUCAUUAUCGUAUUGACACCUUUUAUGUAGCUCUUGAUGCUAUAAACACAGAGAUGACUCAUCGUUUCAGUGAGCUAUCUUCAGAGUUGCUUAUAUGUUUUUCUUGUCUUGAUCCAAGAGAUAGUUUCUCAAAGUUUGAUGUGCACAAGAUUGCUAGACUUACGGAGAUAUAUGACAUAGAUUUCUCCAUCAGCGAUCGUGCAGUUAUAAAAGAUCAACUUGAAACAUUCAUUCUUCAUGUUCGAAGAGUUGAAGAUUUUAUUGGUUGUCAUGAUCUUGCAAGUCUAGCAAUGAAAAUGGUAGAAACCCAAAGACAUAUUAUGUUUCCAUUGGUGUACCAACUUAUUGAGUUAGCAUUGGUACUACCAGUUGCAACAGCAUCUGUUGAAAGAGUCUUCUCGGCUAUGAACAUCAUCAAGACUGAUUUGCGCAACAGGAUAUGCGAUGAUUGGCUCAAUGACUUGAUGUUGUGUUAUAUUGAGCGGGAUUUAUUCAGAAGACUAGAUUCUAAUGCCAUUAAAAACCGGUUUCAAGACAUGAAAACAAGGAAGAUGAAUUUGCCUAAGCCUUCUAGUUCUAGACAUAAUUAG